AUGGCGUUAUCCACCGAGGCACCGGAUCCGAGGGAGUUCAAAGACUGGGAAGAUGCGUUCCAAUAUCCAAUACCCGUGGUUCGUAAGCUCGAACAGCAGCUUCGCAACAAUGCAGACGCGAAUCGAGAGAAGCUGCGGUCGCUUGUUGGAGCAAGCUACCGAAGCCUCCUCGACACGGCCGAAACGAUAAUCGAUAUGGAAGUGCGCAUGGACAAAGUCGAGUCUAAAUUGGCAAGAGUAGGACAGAGUUGCAACUCGCGAGGUCUAGAGCGGAUAUCGAACAAUGCAGGCAGAAUGGAUGUAUAUAGCAAAAGUCGCGAUGGGGAGCGCUACGCAUUCGCAUCGCAGCUUUCGGUCUUGCGCAAUGCCCCGUUGGUCAUGACACGCCUGAUGAGAACAGAGGGAUCGUAUCUCCUAAUUGCCAAGGUCCUAGUCAUCUCUCGACUUGUACACAAGGCGCUGACCAAAUCAACGGACAAACCAUCAAUCGUGGACCAGCUAUGGGAACGGCUCCUAUCGGUUCGCAGGAAGUUGUUGCGCAGGAUUGACAAGCGCCUUUCGAGCACGACUGGAGAAACUGCGACCUUGGUAGAGAGCAUGUGCGCCUAUGCUCUCGCGACGAGUUCUACACCCUCCGAUCGAGCUGCUGCAAGGAGGCGAUGA